GCACGACGUCGCGGUGACGUCAGGGCGGGCGUCGCGACGCCGCUGCCACUAGCCGCUCGUCGUUGCGCGGCAGGCACCGCCGAUUUGUCGCGCUAUCCGCUCUCUCUCUUUCAUAGUGAUCGUCGUGUAUCAGUGUCCGCCGCCGCCACCGCGUAACAAUCGUCGUCUCGUCACCGACGAACGAGUUACGCUCACCGGUAAACGCGACCGAUUAGCUCUUUGUGUGUGACAUUGUCACGUACACCCGGCACUUUCGAGGCUGCGAGCGAGGAGGCCGAUGCGAUGAAGGCCAACACGGCGGCGACGAAGAUCCAGGCCAACUUUCGCGGGUAUCGCGUGCGCAAGCAGCUGAAAGAAUCAUCCACGUCGCAGCGUCGCCGUCAGCAGCCGAGUCAGCAGCAACAGCAGCAGCAGCGGCAACAGGUAAAGCAGCGGGACCAACAACAGCGAGAACCUCGGGAACAGGCGAAGCCGAAGGACGCGUUCCUGAAGAGGCAGAACACUCGCGAGGCGCUCGAAGAGAAAUCGGCGACGAAGAUCCAGGCGGGCAUCCGCGGUUUCCUGGUGCGAAAGAGGCAGCAGGCCGUCCAGGCCGCGGCGACGAGGAUUCAGGCUGGUUUCCGUGGCUUCCGGACGCGGAAGUUGCUGAAGCAAAACGGCCAGUAAAGGCUAUCGCUCAUCAGUUGGCCUUUUCCUGGAUACCGGUGAUGCGGGGCGUCGCCGUGCGCAAAGAGUAUUUCGCGGGCUCGCUCGUGAGGACGCUCGGAGGAAAUCUCAGUAACAGAAAUGUGUGUUUAUGUGUGGGGACGUGAACAAUGAUUCUGAUUGAACCAGUUUUACUAGUUAAUUCGCGUUAUCUGAUAAUGCGCACUUUUCGAUCUUAACUUCGCCCGAUAGCCAUGUCAAGAAUUAACCGGCAACAAUUCGCGAAACUUUAUCUUCUUCGUGACAAAUCGUUAUGCCUCCCGCUUUUGUUCUCACUUAAUUUGACUUUUUCUACGAUUUCAACUUUUUUGUUUGUUAAUGAUGACGAUUAGCGAUAAAAACGUUGAUAGGGGAACGACAGAUCGACGAAGAUGGUGCAACCUGAAAAUAAGAAAGCGAUGCAUAGAUAUAGUAGAAACCGGUUAUCAUAAUGAUAGGAGUUACCUG